GAUAAAAUAUCCCGAAAUUAGCCUCCCUAGCUUCGACGGAGACCUAACACAGUGGCUGCAAUUUCGAGACACAUUUGAUGCCCUAGUCAACCAAGCUAGCUUAGCACCGAUCGUAAAAUAUAAGUACCUACGCAGUUGUUUACAAGACGGCGCACUUGAGGUAAUUAGUUCGCUCGAUUUCUCCGAGGACGCGUACAUGCUCGCGUGGCAGAUGCUUUGUGAACGUUAUAAUAAUCCUAAACGUUUAGUCACCAACCACAUGCGAGCCUUGUUCGACGUGGAACCGGUACCGUCAACUCCUUCGGGUCUAAGAGGUCUGUGCGAUAAUAUUUCCAAACAUUUGAGAUCUUUGCGCUCAUUAAAUGUACCUACCGAAAAUUGGGAUCUCGCAAUUAUUCACAUGUUAGUUAAAAAGUUAGACAGUCGAUUGCAAUCAAAGUGGGAAAACAGUGUUGAUUUGAGAAAAUUGCCUUCGUUGCAGGAUUUCAAAACCUUCCUAAAGAACCGAGCUGACCGGCUGGAAGCGACCAGCCCAGCAGUACCAUCGGACGCACCCAGCACUUCCAAGAAGGCCAUGGUAACCACGUCCGAACCUAUCAAGGUAACCUCCAAACAGUUUAAAUGUAACCAGUGUCCGUAUUGUUCGAGUACGCAUUAUAUUAAUCAGUGUCCAAAGUUUAGUGCAUUAAACGUUAUCGCGCGCAUCCGAGCCGUGAAUAAAUUACGAUUAUGCUUUAAUUGUUUGUCCGGAACGCAUGUCUUAACAAACUGCAGGGCCAGUACAUGUCGAGUAUGUAAGGGCAAGCAUCAUACGUUACUACACAAACCAAAUACCAACACUCAUGUAGGUAGUAACCCCGUACCAACGCGAUUACCAAUAUCAACGUUAAUCGACGAACAACCGAGUUCUAGUCAAAUCGAGACUACCUUGUCGAAUAACACUUUAAUCGAAAAACAAAUAAACAAUGCGCGAAAUAGGUCAGUUUUCCUUACAACAGCCCAAGUGCUCGUUAGGGAUAAGCAUAACAAUGUGCAUAAAAUGAAGGCAUUUUUAGACAAUGGCUCGCAAGAAAAUUUCAUUACCGAAAACGCGGCCAAAAAGUUACAAUUAAACAAGGAACAACUUGCCUUAAAUGUCAUAGGUUUCAAUGAAAAAGUGUCUAGCCUUUUAGAAUCGUGUGACGUAACAUUGCAUUCCUUAGACGGAACCUUUACAACGAAUUUGUCCUGUUUUAUUACGCCUAUAAUUUGUACUACCAACAUUUUAAUACCAAACGUGCAACGUUGGCACAUUCCGUCGCGUUAUAAAUUAGCUGAUGACGAGUUUAACUUAGCUCAAGAUGUAGAUUUGCUUAUCGGUGGGGAGAUAUUCUUUGAUUUACUUCUUACCGGUAAAUACAAGCUCGGGCCCGGAUUACCGGUUCUGAGACGCUCGCGAUUAGGAUGGAUAGUCACGGGUUCCGUACAAAAAAAAACCGAGUCUGCCAUUCAAUGUAAAGUUACAGUAGAAACUCAAUUAAAAAAGUUUUGGGAAAUAGAGGAGGGUUCCGCACCAAAUUUACCCUAUGAUGAAAAACAAUGUGAGGAUAUAUUUCUGAAAACUCACACUCACAACUCUGAGGGUAAUUUCGAAAUAGAACUUCCAUUAAAGCAGCCACCUACCAAGUUAGGUCAAUCUAGGCACAUAGCAUAUCGGAGGUUCAAAACAUUAGAAUCCAAGUUCGAGCGGAACCCCGAAUUUAAAGAUAAAUAUGUGAAUUUCAUGCGCGAGUUCGAACAAGCUGGCCAUAUGAUUCAAUUACAAGAUAAUUAUGAUGGCCCAUGUAAUUUUCUACCCCACCAAGCUGUUUUUCGCGACUCCCCCUCAACCCCUAUUCGAAUUGUUUUCGACUGCUCAUGCAGAACUGAUAACGGCAUUUCUUUGAAUGAUAUCCAAUACAAAGGCUCAAUAAUACAGGACGAACUCAUAAAUAUACUUCUACGAUUCCGAAAAUACCAAUAUGUUAUUAACGCUGACAUACAAAAAAUGUACAGAUGUAUUUAUGUUAAACCAAAUCAACAAUACCUACAAUGCAUAUUUUGGCGGGAAAAUACUCACCAACGACUCCAAAUUUAUAUGCUGACCACAUUAAGUUUCGGCUUAAAGUCAGCACCACAUAUUGCAACCAGAUGUUUGUUACAAUUGUCAAACGAAAACCAACACACAUUUCCAGCAGCUGCAGAGGCCAUAGCGAACCAGUUCUACAUGGACGAUUUUAUCGCCGGCGGCGACGACGAGAAUCAGGUAGCUGAAACAGCAUCACAGGUGAACGAGAUCCUGCGGGGAGCCAACUUCACGCUGCGGAAAUGGAAGUCCAAUUCCGAAGUCAUCAUAAAACGGGGCUCGAGUCAGCCAAUUUCCUGGCGGCGCUGCGACGAUUCAUCGCCAGGAGAGGUAAACCGAAGGAGUUGGACUUCUGGCGGCGCUGGUCACGUGACUACAUCGGAACGCUGCAGGAACGCACGAAGUGGAGGAGCGCGCGCGGCCCAAGCCUCGCAGUCGACACCGUCGUCCUGGUACGAGACGAGCGUCUGCCGCCCUGCCGGUGGAGGCUGGGCAAGAUCGUCGCGACGCAGCCGGGCCGGGAUGGCGUCACCAGGGUGGCCGUCAUCCGAACCGCCAGAGGGGACAUCCAACGCGCGUUCAAUAACAUUUGUCCAUUACCUACUUCGGGUGAAGUCAUAUAAGUAGUAAAUACCUACCAACAGUACCAACCUAAUGUAAAGUUCAAAUAAUUAUAACUAAGUGUCUAAUAAGUAUAAUUAAGUACCUAAAUUACCUUACUUACCUAGUACCUAUGUACAUAAUUAGAAUACCUACUCCCUAUUUAAAAUAAAAAUCAUUUC